UUAAGCAUACAGACUUCAGCCAGUGCAGGAAUGUAGCUAACCAAUUCCCUCAGGUCGCCGUGAAAAUACGGUGAUUUAAAACGAAAACCAGCACCCACGGGAGCCAUGUCGCACCAUAAUGUGGUUAGCGGAUGCAAACUGGUCGCUGUGCUCCUUCUUUGGCUUGGUCCCCCUGCUGAAGACAGACACGCAGGUCGUGCUCAUGCAGCAGAGCACCAGGAGCACACCGCACACAGCUCUGUUGGAUUGGAGGAAGUGGUGUUAGUAAUUCAGAGUCAGAGAAACUCCUACCAUGCCCGUCGAAGUGUUCAGAGGAAGGCGGAGAUUCUGCAUCAGGCAGCUGAACUCGGACAGGGAGUUCCAGUUGUUCUUCUUCUCCAUGAGCUGUCAGAGUAUGAAGGGGACUGGAGUGUCCUCCCUGCGCUUCCUCGUCUCUAUGCCACGUAUGGUCAAUCAGCAUCCUGGUUUUUCUUCAUAGAGGAGGAAACCAGAGUCAGACUGGCUGCUCUGCUGCAGGUCCUCCACAGAUAUCAAGUCCAUGAGGAAUGGUUUUUGGGUAAGCGUCUCCAUGACAACGAGGCUUCUAUUAUCCACCAUUAUGCCUUCUCUGAAGACCCCAGGUCCUUUGGUUACCCUGAUCCUGCAGCAGGCUGGGCUCUCAGCGUGCCGCUGCUCCACAGACUCGCUGAGCGGAUCCAACAUGAGCAUCUGAAGUCAGAUUUCACCAUCGACUUGAAACAUGAGAUUGCUUUGUAUAUUUGGGAGGAAGGAAAUGGUCCAAAGCUGACGGCCGUUCCAGAGUUUUGUACAGAGCCAAGAGACAACUGUGCUACCACAUUUACAACCUACCUGCCCAACUGUGGAGAUCCAGUCUCAAAGAAAGACGUAUUUGUUGCUGUGAAAACUUGUCAAAAAUUCCACUUGGAGCGAGUGCCUGUGGUGAAGGCAACCUGGGAGAAAGAUGCUGGUUUUCUGGAGUAUUACAGCGAUGUCACUGAUGCUUCCAUACCCACAGUCAGUCUGGGAGUGCCCAACACUGAGAGAGGACAUUGUGGGAAGACAUUUGCAAUCUUGAGGCGGUUCCUGAGUAAAGAUGUGCCAAAGGCUGAUUGGCUUCUCAUUGUUGAUGAUGAUACUCUCAUCAGUUUACCCAGGUUGCGACGAUUGCUGCGUUGCUAUGACCCAAAGGAAGCAGUGAGCCUAGGGGAGAGAUACGGCUACAGCCUGAUUCAGAGCGGAUACAGCUACACCACAGGAGGAGGAGGGAUGGUGCUUAGUAGGACGGCAGUGUCCAGGCUAAUAUCCAGUGGCUGUCAGUGCUACAGUGACGAUGCUCCUGAUGACAUGGUGCUGGGCAGGUGCUUCACUUCCCUGGGUGUCCCCAUCACACACAGUCCACUGUUCCACCAGGCUCGACCAGAUGACUACUCCGAGACAUUGAUCUCCCUGCAGCAGGCCAUCUCCUUCCACAAGCACUGGAACAUAGAUCCCGUGGCUGUCUACAAACACUGGCUGCAAGACACACUCCCACGAGAUGAACUUUAGAAACACUGUUUGUUUGUACAGUAUGUGUGACAUACUGUAACAAACAAACAUCGAAUCCAAAUUUGCACAACAGCGUUCAGUUAAAGAUGAGCGAAGAUCAACCAUCAUGGUGGCUGUAAUGUCCAGAGAGACCUGACAAACAUGCACUAAAACAUAAUUCUUAUAAGACUUAAUGUGCAUGUAUUAAUCAAUAUUUUUGAUAGCAGCGGUAAAUGACUGUGUGUAAUGUGAAAUGGAUCGCGGUGAUUUGACUGUGUGCUUUUUGGCUUGUUUUGAAAAUUGUCUGCCCCCUAAUGGCCA